UGUGUGUGUGUGUGUGUGUGUGUUCUUAGAGGUGAGUUAUGCAAGCAAGUGGUGGGGUUGGUUAUUGAAGCGGUACUGUCAGCGCAUACUGGUGUGUGAAUUGGUCUUAUCAUCUUGCUGGCUCUGGUAGCUUGAAGGAUCAAAGGUAGUUUGGGUCAGUGGUCUGGUUUAGUGACCAUGCAGGAGAUGAAGGGUUCCUCAUCUGAUCCUUUCUGUUUGCAGGAUGUUGUUUAGAUGGUCUGGUCAGUGAAAAGUUUGGAAAUCUCACUUAUGUGAUGAAAGAGCUGGCCUGUUGUUUGAGGGUUGUACUGUCUGCAUUUGAAACAUGCAGGGACUUCCUCCUACAGUGUGAACAUAAUCCAGGCAGCAAUUAUGUUUGCCAACGUAAUUGAGAAAACAGGUAUAUAAAUGUAAUUUCUAGGAGACAGGGUUUCUAUAUGGGGAGUUACUGUAUUCUGAAGCUGAGUGACUGUUUUCACACAGCGAUUAUAAAUUGUUAAUUUAUAUCUAGCCUUCAGAAUUGAACCCUACAAUGUGUACAACUAACAAUGAUAGUACAUAGUGCUCCAGCUAGCAGGAACCAAGUAUCCUGUCCAGAGGGAGGGGGGUGAGGUGGGGCUGUUUACCUGGCAGUAAGAUACUAAGAGAAAAAUACAGAGAACAUUUUUUUCUUUCCAAAUUAACACAGAAUGCAUCAAAUCUAAAAAAUUAAGGAGCUAAAUGCCUGCACAAGUUUAAUUAGCAGGACACCCUUCCUGUACAGUGUGACAUCUGAAGAAAGGAUUCUCUUGAAAUUCAGCCUCUUAUGUGCAUGUUUCAAUGUGUUUUUACCUUUUAGUUUCUCACUGUUUUGAUGAGUCAGGAUGACAUCAUUUCUCCUCUUACUAACAACUCUUACUAUAUCUCAAUCUUUUCUUUUCUAGCACCCAUCAUGGGUCAGAUACCUGUCCCUCUCGAUGCCACUGUCGGAGGGUCCGUCCUGAUUCCCUGUUCACUACCAGUGAAUUCAACAAGCAUCAUAUGGUUUUACUGGCAGGAGGAUGGGUCUGAAAAAGUUUUGUUCCACUGGGACAAAAGUGGGGAAACACAACCAGUAGCUGAUGAAUACAGGAACAGGUGUCAAGUCUCCAAUACUGAGUUUAGUUCUGGAAAUAUUUCUAUUAGACUUAACAAUGUUAGUGUUGGAGAUGACCAGAAAACAUUCUGGGCCAAUGUUGGUUUUGAUUCUACAAAACAGCUUAAACAUCAGUGCAAAUCCUCUUUGCAGGUCUCAGCUGCCUACCAAGAUCUUGUCCUGACCAUUAACAGCACAUUAAACAGUGCAACCUGUACGGCACAUGGAGGAUACCCUGAACCUAAAGUGAAAUGGACUGGUCAAAAUAAAUCCAGCGGUGAACAACUGAAACUGAAGGAUGCUCAGACGUCCCAUCAGCAGCAUCCAACCAAGAAAACCUUCUCUGUCACAAGCACCGUCAGUGUCAAAGAGCUGCAGUCUGUAACCUGCCUCGUGUAUAACCCUCGCUCCAAACAGCAGAUUAAGAACACUGCAGUGAUUGAUGCUCCUGGUGAGGCCCAUCUGAGGGAUCAUUCUACAAUAGUUGUAUCAAUUGGAGUCAUUGCUGCCAUAUUAUUUCUAUUUCUUGUGUAUUUUGUCUAUAGAAAAUGUCAAGAUUCAAACCAGAGGCCUCAGCAAGCAGUAAACCAAGAUGACUUAGCAGCCAAUGAAGUUCCAGCUGACGGCAAUGCUCCUCAUGCUCCUUCCAACUCAUCAGAAGGUGAUGUUUCUGAGGACAUUUUACUAGAAAAUCAAGCUGGAUCUUGCCAUGUGAGGCGGGAUCCUGCUUCAGGCAGUGCUUUCAAUAAGGACACCACUGCUGCUGCUUUUACUGCUGAUAGAGAAGAGAAAACAAACCUAUUAAGUGACAGCAAAGAAGAUUCAGAUGAAACAAAAUCCACAGAAAGUGACAAAGACAAAUGAAUCAGAUCUGGGAUCAGAGCUGGUGCAGGCAGGGAGGCAACAACAGAAGUUAAAGGGUUAUGGCAGGAAACUGCUAACACCUACAGUAUGUGCAAAGAUUUUCCUUCAUACAUCAGAGUGGAGAGAAGUUUAAAUAGAUGUGUGUUGUGUUUGUGUCCCACUCUAUGUCCCUAAUUACAAAAAGAGUGAAACACAUGAACUAUCCCUCCCUGCUUAAUAGACGGGUUUAUGAGGAAUGUCACGAGUGUUAAAGGGGGCAUAUUCUGCUUUUUGUGAUUUUCUAACAUUCAUGUACUGUUAUGAUGUUGGAUGUUAAAAAUGGUCAAAGUUCCAAAACUUGAGGUGAACAUAUGUAAAAAUGCUCCCUGUGAGACAAAACCCAGGUUUCAGCUGCCCUGGACGCUUUGUUUGCAAAGUUUUUUUUAACUUUCCAGGUGAGAUGAUGUCAGCUUGUUGAGCAUGUCCAUAAACAGCCGUCCGUUCUGUAAUCUUUGUUGUUGAGGUCGUUGGUGUUGUCGACACUCAUAUUCUGGAUCAGAUUCAGGCUCGAAUAUGAUGUUGAUGUUGUCUGUUUCUAUUAUCAUGUGACUGAAGUUCCACUCUUAGGACAGAUGGUGAGAUGCAGUUAAAAGCUCUAAAUAGUCAGUGGACCUUUUGAGCUGAGAUUAUUUGUUACACAUACUGUUCCUAAAGGUCAAGAAUGAACUUUAAUACUCAAAUUUAACAGGUCUGCUUACAGUGGUAAGAAUGUGUUUAUUACUACUGCAGCACUAAGAACAUACCAUCAUGUUGAAGGCUUGACCACAAAAGGAAAUUUAAUGUCAUCACCUCUCUGCUGUUGGUGUGACACCCCCCACACUGUAGUCAUAACCAGAAUCAGAUUUACAGCUCUUAGAAGAAACUAUCUCAUCCCUGUAAAUGACAUUAUUCAUAAAAGUAUCAAAGUUCCCACUAGAAGGAGCGUGUGGCUCCUCCUAGUGGUCAGUUUAAUAAGCCAAGUAUGCAGCAUACAAAGACUGUGUCUUGGUGUUUGUUCACAUAAAUGCAACAUAGAAAAAUAAAAACAGAACAAAAGUAAAGUAAUAUAAAUAAUGAAAUAAAGUAAUAAAAUUGAAUUAAAAUUUUUUAAUCUGUUAUCUAUUAUCUACUAUUAUUUAAAUAGAAUAAUAAUUGAGAAAUGGGAUAUAAAACUUGAAAUGAAAUAUUGACUGCAAAGAAAAUGUGAGAGAAAAAAUGUGACAUACAAUAAA